UCAUGUCCGAUAUUUUAAUUUUUCCACAGAAUAAAGGAAAAAUACUGGGGGCAUCUUUAAACACACCAUUUUGUGGCCUUCAAUUAGUGAAUAAAAACGAUCAAUCAAUUAAUACCCAUUUGGUAAGAUGCGCAUACAACAGGACCCACUCACAAUACUGAGCAAUCAUUACGCAGAGAGCUCUACAUCUCUUCUUUCUUUCUUUUUUCCUGCCAAUAUCUGUCGCUCGAUGGGAAGUAAGGCCUACUUAAUCAAUGACAUGUAGCACUUGCUCAUCCCUUCAUUCCAGUUUAUGCUAUGAAAUGACACAUAUAAUUAAAUUAAAUUAGUCAAUUAAUUAUGGGAAAAGGUGAGGGAACAAGAGCAUGACGAAGCAUCAUCCUUUUGGUUAUUUGGGUCACAGAAUCAAGAGGUGGUGGGGAGAAUAAAUUUAGUGAGGAGAUUACAUAUGUGGCCUAAAAAGACUAACUCUGUAUGAUAGAAAAUUACGAAGCACACAAGUGAAAGCAGCUGCAUUAUCAUUCCUAUUCGCUCUUUUUGGAAGAUUCAACAGAAGAGUACAAAUCUAGGAACGACAAAACUGCAAAUUUCAAUAUAACUGAGAGUGCAAGAGGAAGAACAGAUUCAGAAGCUCGAGGAAGAAAAUAAGGAAAGAAGAGGCCAAUGAACACUCAAUUCAGAUGGGGGAGAAGUGCAUGAAUCAGGAUGGGAAAUUCCAGUCAUUCAAACCUUGCAUGACCCAGAAAAUCUUAAUCUCAAUUAAACAUCAAAAUCCCACCUCUCUUCUACCUCAUUCCAUGGGUUCUUGCUCUAAUAACUAUAUAACCAAUUUAAUAAUCAAAAUUAACGUGAUGAAUGCUCUUGGAGUGUUGAUCGUAGUGCCAGCUUUGAAAUUGCACAUAUAAAAAGAACAAGGAAAAAAGAAGAAGAAGAAUUUCACUUUGUGCGUGUCUGACCCGGUUAAUAAUAUAUCUCGCGCCCCUGUUUUCAUAUCCCUGGAUAUUACUUGUAUAUUAAUUAACUGUCUUCUUCCUCGCGGGUAGUUAUUUGUUUUCCAUUAGAAAUUCAUUGUCUCUGUCCUCCCUUCGCCUCUCUUCCUUUCUGCGAAUUUGAACAAAGAAAAUAGCAUAUUACCAAUCAUCCUUUCCCCUCCGUAGGAAACACCCAUCAUUGCCCCCAACAAUCCUUUUCAACCUUAGAAACCUGUGCUUCUAAGAUAUUCUCUCCCUUCCAUUCUUCCAUUCUUUUUCACUUUUCUUGUUCUGCUUCCUUGUGCCCCUCUCUCUCAAUUUAAAUAUCUCCCCUCCUCGCAUCCUUUUCUCCUCCCUUCUCCUGCUCCUCCUUCGCCUACUCCUUACCCUCCUCGCUUCUCCACACUUUUCUUUCUUUUUAUUCAAACCCUUUUUCCUUCUUUUUCUUUUUUUUUUUUCCUAUUUAAUUCACAUAACUCUUAGACUUAUAAUGGAUCCCUCCUCAACCAACUCUGUUAAUGGCUUCUACUCCUUUCUCACCAGAGGACUUGACGAUCUCGAACGAGUCUACCUCUCCAAUAACUUCAUGUCAAUCCAAUUCCUUCAGAGGGUGCUCUCACUCCUGCGAUCCUUCCACACCCAGUUGACCCUUCUCGUCCAGAAGCUCCAUCUACCUGUGGGUGAUAAGUGGCUCGACGAGUACAUGGACGAAAGCUCCAAACUCUGGGAAGCCUGCCAUGUCCUCAAGUCUGGCAUUUCUGGAAUCGAAAAUUACUACUCUGCUGGCUUCAACAUCACUUCCUCCAUAGAUUCUCAUCGUCACCUAACCCCACAACUCUCUCGCCAGGUAAUUAGAGCAAUCUCAGGGUGUCGCAGAGAAGCGGUGGGACUGGAGGAAGAGAAUCGAGCUUUAAUGGAAACGAGAAUUCAACCUCUCUCUCUGCGUUUCGACGAGAGGGUGGCGAUCGAAUCGAAGCUGAACGGAUUCAAUGGGUUCAGGGGAGUCCUAUACGCAAUGAGAAAUGUGAGCUCGUUGCUGCUCAUGAUUCUGCUAUACGGCUCCGUGUACUGCUGGCCGGAAUCGUCAAAUUUCGUACUAGGAGGAUACGAAGGCUGCUUGUUCUUCGGAUCGGCGUUCAUGAUCUCGACGGCGAGAUUACAGCAGCGGGUAGCAGGGGAGAUCGGCCAGAUCGACGGGGCGCCGGGAAUUCUGUUGUACGAGUUCAGGAGAUCGAAGAUGGCGAUGGAGGAGCUAAGAGGAGAAUUAGAGAGAAGGGUAUCGCAGGGGAUGGUGGUCGAGUGGGAAACAGAGAGCGGAAUCAGAGAGAGAGUGGAGAAUUUGAGAGGGUGUUUCGGGAUUCUGAGAUCUGGAGCAGAGAACAUUAUUGGCCAGCUCGACGAUUUCUUUGAUGAGAUUGUUGAAGGCCGGAAGAAGCUUUUGGACUUUUGCAGCAAUAGGUAAACAAAUAUGAGUGCGUGGUGGAGGAAAUAACUCUUUAAACCAAAAAGAAAGAAAAAAAAGAGGGAAAUAGAAGCCACCGCAAGUAGAGAAAUCAAGUAGUUGGGGCUGGAGUUAAUGUACUCUUAAACCUAUUAGUUUGUUUUUUCUUUUUCA